AUGACUCUCCAGUGGACGGUGGUGGCUUUCUUCCUGUAUGCAGAGAUCACAGUCAACCUUAUUUUGUGUGUGCCUUUAAUAUCAGCACAGCGGUGGCGUUUGAUUUUCAGCUGGCGAAUAUGGAGCUGGUUAUCUCCUUACUGGAAUAAAUGCUUUUUUACAAUAAUAAUGGUCCUUAUUGUUCUUUUCCUGGACGCUUUACGCGAGGUGCAGAAGUAUUCCGGUCCUGAGCCCAUGCAAGAUGCUAAAGUGAACCCAAAUGUGUAUGACCACGUCCACAUGAAGCUUUUCAGAGCCCAGAGGAACCUCUACAUAUCUGGCUUCUCUCUCUUUCUCUGGCUUAUGAUGCGUCGGGUUGCCACUUUGCUAAACCAGGUUGCUGUCACCAUGGAGGACAGCGCAGGUCUUCAGUCACAAAUAGACAAUGCUGUGAGAGCAGCUAAGCAGCACCAGGAGGACAAACUGACCCUCAACCAAUCUUUCCUGGAAAAGGAAAAAUCCAUGUCAGCAACAAAACAGCAGCUGAAGCUGGAGGUGGAAAAGCUGGCGGGUCAGCUGAAGACUGCCGAGGAGGCUGUUCGUAAGUCUGAUGCUGAUAUUGAGGCAAUGAGGAGGCAAGCCAAAGGUCUGGCUCAGGAGUAUGACAGACUGCUCAGAGAACACCAUCAACUCCAGAAUCUUCAGAGCGCUGAAGACAAAAAGGAUCGGUGAACACUAGAACACAGUAUCAGCUCUUACUUCCUUCCAUGGAUAUUUUUUUUUCUUAUAUCUCUCGAUUGUGUGUUGUAUCUAGUGUUCUACCCGUUUUUAUUGUCUUUGAAUCUUCAUUGUUGUUUAAAGUUUGAACUGAGUGCAAUAGACAAAUCUUGCUAUUAACUUAAAGUAACUCUUCAUUAUGAAUAUGCAUUGUUUCCUUUUUUACUGACUGCUAA